UAGAAUGGAGUGUACGCUGAGCGGCAAUGCCGUCAAGGGCUUGCAUCGUGCCGUGGCGUGCCUGGCGCGCGUCGGCCCGGAGCUCCUACUAGAGGCGCUGCCGGACAAGGUGACCCUCCGAUCGCUCAACUCGGCGCGCUCGGCGUUCGUCGCGAUCACAUUCCGGCGCCACUUCUUCGAUAGGCUGCAGCUCUCUUCCUCGAGCGCUCAGUGCGGUGUGCUUCUCAAGGCCGUGUGCACUGUCUUGCGGACGCAACCAGGCAGUGUAGAGCGCAUGGCGAUCACGCUGCCGGACAGCAAUGCUUCCAAGUUGAAGUGGACGAUCGACUGCUUGAAUGGGCUGAGGAAAACGUACUGGAUAUCUUGCAACAACGACAUAGAAAUGCAGCAUGUAGCGAUCGAGAGGAACAUUUUUCCCAGCAAUCUGGUGGCAAGGCCUCGUGACUUCAGCAGGCUGCUGGCUAAUUUCCAGUCGAGCUUGCAAGAGAUUACUCUGAUCGCCACCGAGCCUUUCCUUGCGCCUACUGAGUCGGAAGGCAAGGCAGUGGAACUCAGGAGCUACAUCGACCCCGUCAAAGAAAACAACGAUGGCGCACUUCAUACUCAACUUUGGAUUGAUCCCGCCGAAGAAUUGCGAGACUAUCAUCACACUGGGGUCGCAGUGGACGUUACGUUCAGCGUCAAGGAGCUCAAGGCCUUUAUGAAUUUUUGUGAAGGUUCAGAGGCUGAUAUGCAGCUUUUCUUUGACAAAGCUGGAAGCCCGAUUCUCCUUGCUCCAAAGUUCAGUGUUGAUGAUGCCGCAAAUGCCGAUUUUGACGCAACUCUUGUGCUAGCGACUAUGCUGGGCUCUCAGCUUAGAUCCAGUGAUUCUGCUAGUGAUCGAGCUCCAACAGAUGCUCAGCCUGCACAGGGCGCUCCCCAAGCGGGUUAUACUACUCCAAAGAAUGCAGCUAAUAAGGAAACAGCGGGAACGGGUUCAGGCCCUCGGUCUGAUCAUACUGUAAUUUGGUCAGAGCUUUCAGGCACGGCAGAUCAAAGAGGAAGAGGGUAUGCUGACAGACUUGCAAACCAACAGCCUCGUCAAAUAUUCCCGGAUAGUGGCGACGCUACCGAGGAACUUCCUUUCCACCGGCAUGAUGUCACGUUAGAGAAGGAUGUCCGGAAUGGUACAGAGGAUGACGUCGUGCAGCAGCAACCCAAUGAUGAGCGUAGUGCACAACAGCUGUUUGGAAAGGAUUUGAGCAACUGGAUUGCUGCCGAUACAGACGAGGAAAGCGAUGGGGAUGGGUUUUGCGUUCAAGCAACACCUCCCCACCGGAGGGGGUGAAAGAGGGCGCUGGUAUGUUCUUGUCGAGCCCGCUUUCGCUUUUCACGCUUGUCGUUCAAAUUCCAGUUGCAAGUCAAUAACGUGUCUCCAGUUUUGCUUUCGACUGAACAGGCAUUUCCCAAGUGCACUCAAGUUACGAUGACAGGCAUGAAAUCUUGUCCUGGGCCUAUCAGAGCUCUUCCUUUAACAGGAACCGACAGCCUAGCAAAGAUGACAAUUUUUAGCAAGCAACAUAUUCAACUUGUGAUAUGUUGAUACAAAUUAUUCCUUUGUGUCAUAUGUUUUUUGUGAUCGGGAUUCUAGUCCAUGCAUCCUAGACAGGCACAAGUGGGCUGAAAAUAUUUUGAACCAGCUGGAGAUCCCGACAAGCGUGAAAUUAUUUCAAAGAAACAA